AUGGCGCUAUCAAAAGCCAUAUCGACGCUCCUCCUCCUCCUAGCCGCGUUCAGUGUCGUGCAUGCACAGACGGCGCAAGUCAAUGGACCAGCGAAGAAACCACCGGCCCCCGUCCCACCCCCAGGCCACUGGGUAGACACCUGGACGUCAAUGCCCCAGCUCACAGAACCCGCAAAUCUACCCCCACCUCCAUUUAACAAAACAAACUCGGUCUUCGCCAACUCGACGAUCCGACAAACUCUGCACACCUCCGUCGGGGGAUCGCAGUUCCGCGUGCGCAUAUCCAACAACUUUGGCGUGACCGACCUCGCCAUCUCUCAAGCGUCCAUUGCACUCCCAGCCUCAGGCGCCGCGGGCGUGUCCUCCAUCCAGCUGCCCACGCUCAAGCCGAUCACAUUCAGCGGUAACGCGAGCAUCAUCAUUCCAAACGGCGCGCUGGUCGUAUCCGACCCUGUCGACCUCGGCGUAAAUGUGGACCCGCAGAGCAUGGUAACGGUGUCGUUAUUCCUGCAGCAGGGCCAGACGACGAACGAUGUGACGUCGCAUCCGGGAAGCCGUACGACGAGCUGGUUUAGCUUCGGGAACUUUGUGAAUGCGGAGAAGAUGACGGAUGCGUCGUUGCAGAGCGUUGCGCAUUGGUACUUCCUGACUGCGCUGGAGGUCUGGGCUCCCCCUACGACGAGCGUGUUUUCCAUUGUGGGAGAUAGUAUCACUGACGGAAGGGGAAGCGAUGACAACAAAAACAACAGAUGGCCUGACCUAGUCCUCGCCAAAAUGCAAAAGAACGCUGCGACGGCCAACAUCGCAGUCGUCAACCAAGCCGCGGGCGGGAACCGCAUCCUUGCAGACGGACUCGGCCCCAACGCACUAGGCCGAAUCGACCGCGACGUCCUCGCGCACGCCGGAGUGAAAUACGCGAUGAUCUUCGAGGGCGUGAACGACAUUGGCACCGCGCCGCCGACCGUCGCUGCCCAACAAGCCGUUGGCGACCGCCUCAUCCAGGCAUUCAAGCAGAUCUCCACGCGCGUGCACACAUUCGGUAUACCGCUGUUCGCUGCGACUAUCACGCCGUUCUCAGCGCCAAACUCGACGAUCCAGCCGUACUCGGACCCGACGCGCGAGGCGACGAGGCAGAGAAUCAACACGUUCAUCAGGACGAGCGGUGUGUUCGACGCGGUGAUUGAUUUCGAUGAGGUGUUGAAGAACCCUGAGAUCCCAAGCCAACUGAACCCCAACUUCAACUCUGGCGACUUUUUGCAUCCUAAUGUGGCGGGCUAUCAGCAAGUGGCGGAUGCGUUCCCGUUGGACAUCUUUGAUCAGUUCAAAAACGGUGUUAGCGGUUUCAACUAG